UGUUGCCCGUUUUGUGUGUUUCAAUGUUAAUUUUCAUCACCUAUUAAAUUAAAUGCUUACGAUAAAAAUUGGGUAUUUUCCUUAACUGCAUUGAAAACUAAUCAUGCACAAAAAUAUUGAUCUCGGUAGUUUGCAGUUCGAGCGGUAUCUUGGACAAGGUUGUUACGGAGGUAAUGUAGCUCUCUACUGCAACCGAAGGGACAGACGAAAUCGCCGAUUAGUGAUCAAGUCAAUUCCUUACAACAGUCCAGAUUAUGCGUACAAAACUGUUCUGAAGGAACACACCAUUUUGUCCCAGAUAAAUCAUCCUCGAAUUUUGCGCUACUUUGGCUUUUUUCAAACUUUCGAUGCUUGGAACAUGAUAACGGAAUACGCAGAACGUGGCAACCUUGCGGAUUUCAUACGACGACGCCAGGCAUCGAAAGCCUUUCUGAGUCAACGGGCUGUGAUGGCCAAGUUUAUGGAUAUGGCGGAAGCUUUACAGUAUCUCCAUCAACGCAGGGUCAUCCAUCGUGAUCUAAAGCCGGAAAAUGUGCUGAUCGAUGCGGACAAUCGGUUGAAGUUGGCGGAUUUUGGAAUUGCGAAAAUCCACGUUACCAGCGGGGAAGAUGAGAUGAAUAUGACCAUCGUUGGAACUCCACUCUACAUGGCACCGGAGAUUGCCAGCGGCAGACGGUAUGAUUUCACGAGUGAUAUUUGGCCAUUGGGAAUUAUUUUCUUUGAACUGUGUAUGUUGAAGCACCCGUUUUUGGACGGUGACCUGGACGGGGAAAGUAAACUAAAUUUUACGCCCCCUCGAAUAGAAUGCAAGGCGAGAGGGUAUCAGCCAGAAAUGCAGGUACUUUGCGACAUGAUGGUUCAGGUGAAACCAAAAAAGCGCUGGACGCUGGAAAAGCUCAUCAGAGAUACGCGUGUGGUUGCUUUGAUGGAGCGGGAGAUUUAACGUAUUUUUUUUACAAUUCUGACUUUUGAAGAUGUCUUCUUUCGGACGAGUGAAACUGAGUGCGUUUUUGUGUUUCAUUUAUUUAUUUACUUCAAAUUGUAUCACAUCUCUUAGCUAAUAUUUGUAGAACGAAAUUUAUUGUCAACUUAUAAAAAAAAAAAACAAAUUAAAUUAUAUUUUUUCUCUCCAGAAUGAUUUGAAAAAGGGCGUAGAGAACCUGUUCGUUGUAAGAAAAUUGAUUUGUCAAAUAGAACAUUCAAAAACUA